AUGUCUGAGUCGUGGGAGGAGAUGGACGAGGUGGACGAGGUAGACGAGGUAGACGAAGCCCAGUUGAUGGAUGUGAGGUUGCUUGCGCCUUCCUUGGGGUCCGGCAAAGGCUCCACCUACCGUCGCCGUGCCCCGGAUCCGUUGGCCGGAAACAGGCACGUAUCGCGUGCCGUGCGCCCGGGCGUGCCUUCCUACCAGCUUUCGUCUCUUGACGAGAGGCCUACCAGGGCCUCGGCGUCCUUCUCCCUCCCGUACGACGCUGCCCUCCAGCUUCCGCCCUUCUCAGUCUUCAACUCAUUUCUCGACUGA